AUGCCGUUUCUAACGGAUGAAAAUAACGUGGCCAUCGAAGGACACUCAGGAGGCUGGGAUUUUGAUGCUGGGGGAGAAGAGGACGUUUAUGAGCAAAUUGCUACAUCUCUAACAUGUCGACCGGGCAAAGAUACAGGAUCCUAUCAACCGCGGGUUCUGGAGCCUAUAUCAAACAAAUCGUUUUCUUUGACCAGUGACACAGAUAUGAAACGAUUUCGUUCUGCUGUUGAGAAUAUGAUCUCAUCAACGGCUAUUUUGCGAACUUGGAUAGUUCAAUGCGAUGGCGUGGGCCUUCUCCAAGCGGACCAAGCAAAUUCUCUGGAAGACCAUCUAGAAAAGGCGAUGAUGGAAAAUUGGGGUAAUGGUGAUCGCUUGGUGCGUUAUACGAUUAUCAACAGCGAAAACACACCGGGUUGGUUUGUCUGGACCGUUCAUCAUGCGUUAUACGAUGGUUGGUCAUUUAAGAUGAUGGCUGAAACGGUCGCAAGCAUGUACCUCGGCUGCGAUAUCGAAAAAGCACUCCAAUACAAGGAUUUUGUCAAACAUAUAAUGAUGAAGAAUUCCAAUGGAGAUAAAGCAUAUUGGAAGCCAAGCAGGCAUCCAGGUGACGAAGGCCAUGUCGUGACCAAUAUUCUAGAGGUAUGGAGACGGGUUGGUAAUGAUGUUGGCCGUUCUUCCUAUGCCAUUACUAUUCAGUGUUUCCUCAAUAGGGAUUAUAUUAGAAUAACGGCUGCGUUUGAUGCCUCGAUCCAAGAAACAUGGCUGGUGGAGAAAAUGCUCGCAUACUUUAGCUUUGUAGCACAGGAGCUUGCAAAGACAAAUAUGUCCCACACAGUGGCACAAAUAGUUCAUCGACGGAAGAAUGUGUACAUAACAUGGUUUCGGCCAUGUGCCAAGACUCGCUUAUUACCAAGCGCAGAUCCUUCUGAUGCGCUCAUGGUGCUGCUAUUCACCUCUGGAAGCACUGGCUUACCCAAAGGCACGAUCAUCACGCAUUCAUCGUUCACAACGGCAAUCAACCACCAUGGAAAAGUUUUUGGAAUUUGCUCUGGCGAGAGGGUCUAUGAUUUUGCGUCAUAUAGUUUUGAUAUUGCAUGGUUUAACGCAUUGAAAUCACUGUCUCACGGAGCAUGUCUAUGCAUCCCAUCAGAACACGAAAGGAAAAAUGACCUCGAAGGAUCGAUAUUGAGGUCCAAGGCAACCGUUAUUUUUAUAACGCCAUCUGUCGCACGACUAUUGAAGGCGCAUAAUCUCCCUUGCAUCAAAUGUGUUGCUCUCGGGGGUGAACCUCAAAAACCAUGGCAAACCUACCACAACGUGGACUCCAUUCCCAGUGACGCAAAAACAGAUUUCUGGCGGCAACAAUUCUUCAACUUAAAAGCUGUGCAAUUCCCAGCUUUACCGUCCCCCAACUUUCGGUCCAGUCCUGACAAUGUCAUGCAUUAUGAAAUCCCGGAAAUUGUGUGGAGUGGAAGGAGUUUCACACCGUCAACAAUGAUACGCGCCGUGUGGGCGAUUUUGAUUGCUCAGUAUAUGAAUGUUCAAGAAGCACUGUUUGGAGUUAUUACAUCAGGCCGGCAGGCAGCCGUUAGAGAUAUCAAUCACAUCAUGGGCCCAACAAUUGCGACAGUUCCAGUGCGCGUAAUGAUCAACUGGGAGACCUCCCUCCAAGCUUUUCUAUCGCAAAUACAAAAACAAGCUACGGAAAUGAUCUCGUUUGAGCAAACGGGUCUCCAAAAUAUCCAGCAUAUCAGCGACGAUGUAAGACGCGGAUGCCAGUUCCAAUCGCUCUUACUAGUUAAAUCAGACGUUGAAGUCAAACGAAAUCCCGAGUCUUCUCUCUUUUACCAAAGACCCAUCUUGAACCUUCACAAAAGUGAAAAUGCAACGGUUGAUACUUUUUCCACUUACUCCAUAGUGCUUGAAUGUCAGAUAGAGGAUCGAGGUCUCGAUUUACGUUUGAUCUUUGAUUUAACCAUUAUCAAACAGCAGAAUAUGGAGCGAUUGGUCCAGCAGUUCGAGCACCUACUCAGACACGCCUCGUCCUUAGUUUCUCACUUGGAAACAAUCACGUUUCAUGAUAUACAAAACAUUUGGGAAUGGAAUAAGAUACCUCCGGCUCUCCUCGAUAGGUCCUCGAUCGCUGAUAUUUCGCAUAACUACUAUCGAAGUUACUAUAGAGAGUACUGGUGUGUCAAACCGGCUACUCCUAAGGUCUACUGGGUGCUUGAUAUGAAUAAAAAUCAGCUUGCAGCCAUUGGGGCUGUUGGAGAACUUUGGUUAGAAGUUUCUCCUGUCAACGGGAUGUUAAUGGCUCAAGUAAAGAACGCCGAAGCGGAGUCUGUGGAUGACCCGGUUUGGUUACUCCAGGGGGCCAGCGUAGACCUCCCCGGACGCCAAGGCCGAAUUUACAGAACCGGAGACUUGGUGAAGUAUAAUCAGGAUGGUUCACUGUCUUUUAUGGGACAGAGAGAAACCCAGGUAGACCGAAAGGAUAUGCUUAUUCCAUCACCAUCCUGUCCGCAAGAAAAUGCGCUGGUCUCAGUCUCACAAAACCUGAGAGUUCCACAAACGCAUUUGCAGAAGCAAAUUCAAUCGUUAUGGUCGAGAAUUUUUAAUAUUCCGACAAAUAGCAUUUCCUUAGAUGAUCAUUUUAUGCGCUUUGGUGGUGACUCCGUUAAGACAAUGAGGCUCGCUGCCCUUGCUCAGAAUGAGGGGAUAUCUUUAUCAGUCGCCAACAUCUUACGGCCUCAGGAGGGUCAAAGUGACGCCAGAAGAGCCGAGUGGAUGGCGAGGAUGGCGAGGACCCAGACCUCAGGCAUAGUGUUUUGUGCAGAGGAUGCAAGGCUACUGGACGUGAGCCGGACAUCUUAA